UCCACUCAACAAGUCAAUGCACUUGUGUAGUGGUUUUGUUCACUCAAGUUUGAGAGUAAUGGAAAGAAGAAUAGACACACGUUUUGAAGCUGCCCAGAAGGCAAUAAACUCAAUUGGUUUGGGUUUUGACAUAACCCAAGAUAUAGAUUUUGGUAACUGUAAGAAGGGUUCACGGUUGAUCCUCAUCAAUGAGAAACAGUGCCGCCAUCUUGAUAUUCCUGAAGGCCUUUCAGUUCCAGAUGUCCCUGACUCCAUCAAAUGUGUCAGAGGGGAAUCCAAUAGAGUCCACUCUGAAGUUCUCACCUUACAAGAGAUGUUGGAGCACUUCAACCAAGAAAUGUGCUUGGGAGGGAAAACUGCGUCUGGUCAUUUCUGUGCAUCAUUUGGAUUAUCUGGGAGAUGCAUAAAAGAGUUGACUACCAUUAAGUCUCUUGCAUAUGAUGGAUGGUUCAUCAAACGUUAUGCCAUUGAGUUAGAAAGGUAUCAUGGUGAGCUCCAAGACCAUGUCAAAGAAGCAGUGCCAUCCUCAUGGGACCCUGAGUACUUGGCUAGGCAAGAUGAUCCAUCAUACCUUCAUCCAACUAGUAUUCAGAAAAUUCUCAAGGAUACAGCUAACAACAAGUUCAUGGAUUCUGCAGAGAAUAAUUGCCUUGCUUUUCAAGAAUUAUGCAACACCAAAGAGAAUAUUGUUGUGAUACACGAUAGAAGAGGUGGUAGAAGAGGAAAGAUGUAUCAUGGUGAAUGGUUGGAUACUUUAGACUCAGAACCUGAUGUGAUAUCAAUGAUUCUUCUGCCUCUGACAACACUAUUGAGAAGUAUCCGAGGAAGUGGAUUUGUGAGCCAUGCCAUAAACCUUUACCUUCGUUACAAACCUCCAACUGAAGACCUUCAUCAGUUUUUCGAGUUUCAGCUGCCAAGACAAUGGGCACCUGUGCUUAGUGAAAUUCGUCUCGGUUCUCAUUGGAGGCACCAAGUCAACACCUGGCUUCGAUUUAGUAUCUUUGGCCCUAAGCUUUACAUAAACACGAUUCCUGUUGAUGUAGGCAAUAGACCAGUGAUUGGAUUGAGAUUACAAUUGGAAGGAAGAAGAAGCAACCGAUUGGCAAUUCACUUGCAGCAUCUGGCUUCUCUGCCAAAGUCGUUCCCACUCUCAGACAAUGCGAACGCUUACUUGUCAUGUGACUCUUACAGCUGCAGCAACCACAAGAAAGUGAAAUGGAACUGCUUCUCAUAUGUGUGUACAGCUCCUGUUGAAUCAGAUGACAGUCUUUCCAUGGUGACAGGAGCACAACUACAAGUUGAAAAGAAGUGCCUGCUUUUGAGGCUGCGCUUCUCCAAGGUCAUCGGCGCCACGCUUCAGAAGCCACCUCAGUGGGAUCAGUCCUCUAACAUUGGCUAUUUCAGCCGCAAGUAUGGUGGCAUAUUGGCAUUCAUUUCGAAGGAGGGACAAAAGGGUCGUCCGAAACCUGGUGACAAGACCAUUGGCUCUAAUACAUAUUCUGCUGCACGCCCUGCUCCGGUUCACACUCCUAAGCUUCAAAGAUUUGUGGACACAACUGAAAUGAUCAGGGGACCAGAAGAUACUCCGGGAUAUUGGGUUGUUUCUGGAGCAAGGCUUUCUGUCCAGAAUGGCAAAAUAUAUCUGCUUGUUAAGUACUCACUCUUGAGCUUUGUUGUGCAAUGUGAAACUCAAGCUUCAGAGCAGUGCUUUAUAUAAGGCUUAUUUGAGGUAAAAGUUGUUGAAUGUGUCUGCAGAAUCUGCUGGUUUUUUGGUGAUUGUCUAGGACAAAUGUUAUCAGAAUUUCAAGCUAAUAUUGGAUUGAUUAUAUAUAUAUAGUGAGACUGAUUCAAUGACUUGUGUAGUUUUGUUACUUAAAGUGACUCACUUUAUUGAACGUAUUUAACUAGUAUAAGAUCCUAAUACUAUUAGGCCUGUAAUUUGUUAAUCAAAAUUUUUCACUUUGUAUUUUUUUUUUUUUGGAGACUAGUAA